UUAAGCGCAGCUUGCUUAAACUACACAGUGGAACCCAACGCAUGAAGUGAUCUGUACCCCACUACAUUCCAGACAACAUCUGAGAGUGUUGGAUAACUGAAACAAGAACAGAAUUAAAACUUUUAUCCUCCUGAACAAUGAAGGUUAAAUUGGACAUUUGCAGCGUAGAUGUCUGUGCUUCCUUUUCAAUAAAGUCCCACUUUUGUGUUACAUAAUUCUUCGCGGGAACCUAAGUGUUUUAAAAGUAUGCUCACCAAACCUCACUACCAAAUCUGAGUCCCUGAUUGGUUAACUGGUUUAACUUUUUUUCUUCUUCUCUAUUUUAACUUGUCUUGUCCAACAGCUGAGCAAACAGAUGAGAGCUGAUAGCUUCUUGUGUUUGUGGGAAAUAGACAUUUUUUUAUUUAUAAGUUGGACAAGAUAAUGUGGAAGCUAAGCUCCCCACAACAGUUUUGUUUUGUUAAUUGUGCAAAACACCUUGCAUGUUGUGCAUCUUUAAGACGCCACUAGGUGGCGCUUGCAAAAUUCUGAGAAGAGAGAGAGUUUUCUGAGAAAGACCAGCACGUUAACAGGGUCCGUGGCUGGUGAGCUAAAAACGAGAAAGGAAGUGCAGUUGCCUUUUCAUGUCGGUGGACUAAUAAACAACUGAAUUCUAUCAAGCGGCCUCCUCAUCUCUUUCAAGAGUGCAACAAAAUUUGGUAGCAGAGGAUGGUUCAGCGGUGCAUGGACAGCCUGUGAGUCGGACCGAAGGGAAAGGAGCACGAUGGAGUUGGAGCAGCUACAGGACAAGCUAAGUGAAGCCUUGGUGCAGCUACAGCCUGAGCAGCUACAGAAGGUAUGCUCUUUUGCGAAGAUCGACCCGGGACUGUUAUCCAAAAAGCACACGCUGAUAAGAUUGAUAAGUGAAGAAGUAGAAAAAAUUGUUGAAAGCGAAGAGGAGGAUACCACGUGCGCUUUUCUGCUAAAGCUAAUCAGCUAUGCUAAUGAGGCUAAGCCAGCCACGCUGCAGCCUUCCCCGCCACCGCAGCUUCAAACCGCAGACACAAGUCAUGAUCAUGCUGAAGCUCUUUUGAGUUUACAAAAGCAAUAUGCGGUUCUGCAGGAAAGUUUCGUAGAGUCAACUAAGCGGAUUGAAGCAGAAAUGGCCAAAUUAACAAUGAGAGGGGCAGGCCAAGCACAAAGUCACCCGAGUCUGACGCAGCACGUGGUCCCCCCAGCUCCUACUCUGCCUGAAGUGAGCAUUAGAAAAGAGUUUCGGAUUAAUGGCCAGAUCGGAGAGCGGGGACAAAAGGACAAAUUGUCUUAUUCAAACCUCAUCCACCAGAUUGACAUGGGUUUAAAGAAAAAUCACAGUGAGGCUGAUAUCAUUGAAGCGGUUGUCAGAGCAGUGAGUCCUGGUCUCAGCUUGCGUGAUAUGCUGGAGAUAAAGUCAGACCUCACCCUCUCACAGUUGCGGACAAUCCUGCGUGGACAUUAUAAAGAGGACAGUUCCACUGAUCUUUACAAUUGCUUGAUCAAUCUCACCCAAGAAUGUAAUGAGUCACCACAGAACUUUUUGUUUCGGGCCAUUGAAUUAAAAGAAAGACUGUUGCUAGCAUCAAAAGAGCCUGGUGCAGAAGAACAGUACAGCCCCGAGUUGAUUCAGAGAAAGUUCCUGAGGGCUGUGGAAACUGGACUGUUAAGUGCUGAUAUAAAAUAUCAACUAAAGCGCUACUUGGAGGAUCCAGCUGUUACUGAUGAGCACCUGAUAGCCAAAAUAAAUGCAGCUGCUAGUCUUGAAUGGGAAAGAAAGCAAAAGUUCAAAAAGCACGUCAGAGAACCCAGGGUCAAAGAAGUCAGAGUGGAAGCCCAAGCAGGUCCAGAGACGGCAGUGGCCAGUGUGAGUAGCCGACCAUGUCCUACAAUGACAAAAGGUAAAACGCCUGAAAUGCCAAAUGCAACACGCACGGAAUCAGAGCUUCUUGACAUGGUAACACAGCUUAAAGGGGAAAUGGAAGAGAUAAAGAAAGCCAUUCGUGAGUCUCCCCGAGCCCCUUUUCAUUUCAGAACCAACAGGAAACGAGGGUGCAAGAGCUGUCAGGCUGCAAACAAUGGAGAGCAAUGCGACCACUGUUUCAAAUGUGGGAGGAGUGGCCAUUUGUCACGGGACUGCAGAUCUGGAAAAACACAAGGUAAAGGGCCAGUAAACAUGGCUGCUAGCACUGUCAUCACCAGACCUACACAAGCUGAGACACAAGAGCUUUACCAGCUAGUAACAGACAGCAUUCAGAAAUUAGAGGCAAGGUUGGCAGCUAAAACAGAGUCAACUCCGGAUAAAGAAACCAUUAGUGUCAAUCUACUGUCCCCAAAUCGCAGAUCACAGCUUCUCAACCUGAUUGGAAAAAAAUAUGUGAUUUCCUGCUCACUUAAUGAUGUGGAAACAAAAGCUUUGUGGGACACAGGAUCGCAGGUCUGCCUCAUAAAUGAGACUUGGAGACAACGCAACAUGCCAAACACAACAGUCAGGGAUCUAAUAGAGUUAGUUGGUCCAGAUAUGUUGGAUGGGAGGGCAGUAAACCAGACACCAAUUCCAUUUUCCGGGUGGGUGGAGGUUACUUUUAAACUUCCAACAGACACUUGUUCGAAAAUCGAGCUGCUUGUCCCAGUGUUAGUGGCAUCCGGAGUGGGAGUGGCGGAGCAACCCAUAAUUGGAUUUAAUGUGAUUGAACAGGUCCUUAAGAUGGGCAUAGAACCUCCUGAUGCAAUCAGUGAUGCAGUCAGCACCGCCUUUUCCUUUGAUUGUAAAAAGACUGAAGUUUUCUUAAAAGUGAUGCAAAAUGGAGAGGAUGGCUUGGGAGAAGGCAUUGUAAAAUUGGGUUGUGACACAGUGACUGUUCCUGCUGGCCAAACUAAAACAGUAAAGUGUUUUGUCCGAACUGGCACCCUUACAGACGCACAGGAUGUACUGUUUGAGCCGAGCCAACACACUCAAUUACCAGAGGGGUUACAGGUGCAGAAGGGGGUAGUAAGGUUAAAAAGAGGAAAACGGGCAGCAGUAACGAUUCCAAUUACAAACAGUACAACUUAUGACAUUCGGCUGCCAGGUAAAACCAUUUUUGGGCAAACGCAAAGACUCAAGGUCAUCUACCCUGCAGAAAUGAGACCCACUACGGUAGGGCAGGUUGGGACAAACACUGUAAACUCAAAGGCGGAAAACGGAGAAGGCAAAGAAACAGACCUCACUGAAAAGGAGCCGGUGGACGCCUGGGAACCUCCGGUUCCCCUGGAUCACCUUUCUCCAGCCGAGAAAGACAAAGUCAAACAGCUUUUAAGGGAGGAGAGAGAUGCUUUUGCACGUGAUGAGUAUGAUGUAGGUACAAUUCCCUCUCUGCAGUUGAAAAUAAGACUGAACGACCCCACCCCUGUUAAAAAGACAUACAUUUUUGUCCCCAAGCCACUUCAUAAAGAAGUAAAAGAAUACUUGGAAGAUCUGUUAAACAGGGGUUGGAUAACCAAAUCAAAGUCAUCUUACUCAAGUCCCAUUGUCUGUGUGCGGAAAAAAGAUGGGGGCCUUCGCCUGUGCUGUGACUUCAGGGAGCUAAACAAAAAGUCAAUACCCGAUCGCCACCCUAUUCCCCGCAUACAGGACAUGUUAAACAGUCUGAAGGGAAGUGCCUGGUUCUCAGUCCUCGAUCAAGGCAAGGCAUAUCACCAGGGCUUCCUGGAAGAAUCCAGCCGUCCCCUCACUGCAUUUAUUACGCCCUGGGGUCUCUUCGAAUGGACUUUUGAUGAUCAUCUGCGGGAUCUAAGAGACGUCCUACACCGAUACAAAAGCCACGGAGUGAAGUUGACUCCUCGUAAAUGUGAGGUUUUCAAAAAGAAGGUACGUUUUCUUGGCAAGUUAGUCACAGAAGAAGGCUAUACUAUGGACCCUGCAGAUGUUGCCCCUGUGCAAGCCCUGAAACACAAUCAGCCCACAACAGUAGGAGAGUUAAGGAAGCUGUUAGGUUUUGUUUCAUAUUACCGCAGUUAUAUACCUAACUUCUCCCGAAUAGCAAAGCCUUUAUAUGACCUCCUGAGUAAUGACAAAAUGGGCACAAUAAAACAAAAACCCAAGAAACAAAGUAACUUUGGGUAGUUGGCCUCAUCACACAAAAUCAACUGGUCUUCUGAACAUCAGAGAGUUUUGUGCCAACUCAUUGACUUUCUCUCCCAGCCUCCAGUGUUGGGUUGCCCAGACUUUGAGGAGCCAUUUAUUGUCCACUGUGAUGCUUCCCAAGAAGGGCUAGGAGCGGUGCUAUACCAGCGACAAAAUGGAAAACUUGUGGUGAUAGCGUACGGCUCCAGAAGUCUAACUGCCCCAGAGAAAAAUUAUCACCUCCAUUCUGGGAAGUUGGAAUUCCUUGCACUGAAAUGGGCCAUAAGUGAGAGGUUUAGGGAUUUUCUGUAUUAUUCCCCACCAUUUACAGUUUAUACAGACAAUAAUCCUCUCACCUAUGUGCUCUCCACGGCGAAGUUAAAUGCCACAACACAGAGGUGGGUUGCGGAGUUAGCCGAUUUUCAGUUUGUGAUUAAGUACCGGCCCGGAAAAGCAAACAGGGAUGCAGAUGGCCUCUCACGAAUGCCACUAGAUAUGGAGCAGUAUAUGAGCAAAUGCAUACAGGAUGUUCACCCAGAUGUAAUACAGUGUGUGGUGCAGGCGGUCAGUGUAAAGUCUCAAAAUAACGAGCCAUGGCUUUGUCCAGUGACCAUUUCUUCUCUCAUCAGUGAAACAGAGCAAGCAGUCACUUCCAUUGCUGAACUUCCAAAAACAGUCUUGAGAAGGGCUCAAGAAGAAGAUGCAGUCCUAGGAGAUGUUGUGCGCUAUGUGGAGUCAAAUCAAUGGCCAAAAAGUGGAAAACGUCUUAAUAGCAAAGUUGCAGCAUUAUUUAGAGAAAAACACAAACUAAAAAAAGGUGAGGAUGGGCUAAUUUACUGACAGACUGCAUCCCGCACCCAGCUGCUGUUGCCUCAGAAGUAUCACAAGCUAGUUUAUAAGGAGCUUCACGAAAAGAUGGGUCACUUAGGGGUGGAGAGAGUCAUGAAUCUAAUCAGAGAGCGAUUUUACUGGGCUAACAUGCAGAAAGAUGUAACACAUUACAUCACAAAGGUGUGCAGCUGUUUAAAAAACAAGCGUCCCAACAGGCCCACAAGAGCCCCUUUGACUAACAUCAUCACCACCUACCCCUUUGAGCUAGUCUCUGUGGACUUCCUGCAUCUGGAAAGAUGCAAAGGCGGUUAUGAGUAUAUUCUGGUUUUAAUGGACCAUUUUACACGUUUUGCUCAAGCCUACCCCUGCCGCAACAAAGCCGCCCACACUGCCGCUGAGAAGAUCUUUGGAGACUUUGCACUCAGGUUUGGGUUCCCCACCCGUCUCCACCACGAUCAGGGAAAAGAGUUCCAAAAUAAACUGUUUGCAAAGUUACAGGAGUAUAGUGGUGUCCAGGGGUCCAGAACAACUCCCUACCACCCACAAGGAAAUGGGCAGGUGGAGCGGUUUAACCGCACUUUGUUGGCUAUGCUCAGAAACCUGCCAGAAGCAGACAAGGCUGAUUGGAAGUCGUCUCUUGCCAAGGUGGUUCAUUCCUAUAACUGCACCAGGAGUGAGGCAACGGGAUAUGCACCCUAUUACCUUUUGUUCGGCCGCAGCCCAAAGCUCCCAAUCGAUCUAAUGUUUGGUCUAGAAACCAGAGAACAGAGUUCAUCUCAACAGGACUACGCAGAAAAAUGGAGAGCUAAAAUGGCUGAAGCUUAUAGGCUAGCCUCAAAGUCAGCUCAAAAGGAAGCCAUGAGAGGAAAAGCCCUGUACGACAGAAGGACAUAUGGUGCAGAAUUGCUUCCUGGCUCCAGAGUGCUUGUUAGAAACCUAACAGAAAAAGGAGGGCCAGGAAAACUAAGAUCAUUCUGGGAACAUCGAGUUCAUGUAGUAACCCAAAGGAAGCACCAAGACACCCCAGUGUAUGAAAUUAAACCUGAAAAUGGCAAAGGACGCACCCGGGUAAUGCACAGAAAUUUACUCUUGCCAUGUGACUUUCUCCCGCUGGACACAGAAGACUCUCAACAAGAAAAAAUGAGAAAGAAAAGAUACACUCAAGAACAUCAGGUGAACACUCGAGAGAGCUCAGCUGAUGAAGAAGAGGAUGAAGAGUGCUGGCGUGCGAUUAGCGGACUGCCAGCUGGAAGGGAUACACGCAGCCGCCUUCAACUCAGAGCUGAAGCGCCAGUGUUUCACCCCUACAACAAAAGAAGUCAAGAGAGUGAGAACAGCGACUCAGAUGAAGAUGCAGGACCACAGCCGGCACUGGAGCCUGAUGAUGCAAUGGCUCCAGGUGACCCAGCUGAGAAAGAUGAGGUCCAGGCAGAGGUGCCGUUUGAGUCCAGUUCCAGUGACCAGGAAGAUCCUCCCUACAACUCUGUGAAACAGUAUCCUUUCCGACAAAGAAAAAAAAGACAAGUGUUUACCAAUGAUAAAUUAGGUCUGCCUAGCACUUCAUAUGUUUAAGUGUAAAAAUGAAGUGUAACAAAUAGGCUAUGUUAAAGGAAAAAAAAACAUUAAGUUAAUGAAUAGUUGUAAUGUUAAACUUAUUCUAAUAUUGACCAAUAUUUGUUAUGUUUAGAAAAAAAAAAGAUUUUAGUAUGUUUGAUUACCAGGCAAAAGAGCCACAUGUGGGUUACACUGGUAGGUUAUUUCUAUGUUGAGUGCCUUACUCUCAGGAAAGAUGCAGAUACCCUCUGUUGGUGGUUGGUGUAGGAGACUGUCAUCGUGCACAAAGGCAUCUUCUACAGACAUGCAGCAUGGAAAAAAAGGAGAUACAUGCUGUAUUGUGGACUGUAACCAGUUAGCAUCUUGAUUUACACUAAUGUUCCUGACUCCUACAUUGUGUGACCCUGCUUUCAUGUAAUACGUUGUUUCCAUAUGUGGACUGUUGAUAAUUGAUGUUUACAUUUUUUUUCUCAGAUAUUUUAGAAUGUCGAGGCGACAUUACAAUUUUGAGGGGAGAGUGUGGGAAAUAGACAUUUUUUUAUUUAUAAGUUGGACAAGAUAAUGUGGAAGCUAAGCUCCCCACAACAGUUUUGUUUUGUUAAUUGUGCAAAACACCUUGCAUGUUGUGCAUCUUUAAGACGCCACUAGGUGGCGCUUGCAAAAUUCUGAGAAGAGAGAGAGUUUUCUGAGAAAGACCAGCACGUUAACAGGGUCCGUGGCUGGUGAGCUAAAAACGAGAAAGGAAGUGCAGUUGCCUUUUCAUGUCGGUGGACUAAUAAACAACUGAAUUCUA